AUGUCUGAAGAUAAAUUCGCAUUACCAGAGAACUUUGGCAAACUCCUUUCCCAAACCUUUGACAAGGCGGUGGAAACUGACUACAUAGCUUUCACCCCCUCUACCAGCGAAAUUUUGGAUGUCGAUGGUGUCAAGUUCCAAUUGACGCAAAUCGACAGUCUCUCGAGAAGGCCCACCAAAGGCAGCCUCGACGCCAACCCGUUUGCCAAUCCCGAACCGGAACUCACGGUGGUGCAGUCGUAUGUGGACUAUCGCAUUGUUCUCAACAAGUUCCCGGUGGUGCGCGAUCAUUUUAUGCUUGUGACCUCCAAGUUUGUGUCGCAAGACACGCCGCUCACGCCCGUGGAUCUCCAAGCAACGUACCACACGUUGCUUGCGGCAAAUAAGGGCACUGGCGAACGCCAUUUCGCCUUCUUCAACUGCGGACCGGAGUCCGGGGCGUCGCAGCCGCACAAGCAUAUCCAGUUCAUGCGGCUUCCGGCGCUCAGCACCGGUUUUGUGCCGUUUCCGGACUUGCUCGCAAUGUCCUCGCCUGCCUUCAUCCCCACCUCCACACAGGAGCCGUUACAGCGCAAGGACUUGCCAUUUGCGCACUUUGUCGCGGCGUUCCCCUCACCCGCAGAGAUUGCCGCGCUGGGCCAGGGGCUCGACGAGGAGGCGUUUGGCCUCUACUUCAUCAGCUUGUUGCAACGCGUGAUGACAAUUAUGCGUGAAAACGACGUGUCCUCGCCGUCCUACAACUUUGUCAUGACCGAGAAGUGGAUGAUGCUCGUGCCACGGUCCCUGGGCUACUUUACCGACGGCGAUUUGCUGUUGGGGGUUAACUCAUGUGGGGUUCUUGGCUUGGUAUUGGUCAAGAACCGCAUGUUGUAUGAGUUGGUCAAGGCCAAGGGACCGGCGGAGAUCUUGGGCCAGCUCGGGUUCCCUAACACCUCUGGCAUUGCAUCCGAUGAGUACCACUACUGA